AUGGUGGAACCCACUUGGCUUUCCCCAUACGAGGGCUCCGUUCAAAAAUCAAAACUUGCUGGAAGUGUGAUUGGCGGCUUAUCACCGGACAAGAUUUUAAUGAACUAUAAAGUAUACAAGUCCAGAUGGGUGAUGCUGGCUGUGUUUGUGCUUUACUCUGCGUCAAACUCGCUGCAGUGGACGCAGUACACCAUUAUACAAGAUAUAGUGGUAAGAUACUAUGGUGUGCCAAGUACGGUAGUGUCCUGGACUUCCAUAGUGUACAUGAUCACGUACGUGCCGCUGAUAUUUCCCGCCAGCUGGCUGUUGGAUAAAACCGUAAGUUUAAUCGAUUCCAAAAUAAAGUUGACAAACAAAAAUUUAUAA